CAUCCUAAUGCUGACGAGACAGAGAAGAGUCUCUCCAGAUCAGAACACCAGAUGGACAAUGCUAGCCCUUCCGCCCUCCCGGAGUCCCUCUAUCGUGCCUCUCCCGGUAGCACCUUACUACUGGGUAUGAAGAGGUUGUCUGUGCUGCUGGUGGACUGCAGGAAAACAACAGGGCUGAGUGGAACUGUGAGAGGAGGAGAAGAGAAGAAAGGAUCAGAUUUGACACAUCAAAGAGGAAAACCAAACUUGGAGGAACCAAAGACCUCCACAACAUCAAGACGACACCUCUGCUCCCAGAUCAAGUUAGGAAGCCUGAAAAGACCUGAGAGGACACACACGGGAGAGAAGCCAUACCAUUGCGGCCAGUGUGGAAAGAGUUUUAGCCUGUUAGGAAGCCUGAAGGCUCAUGAGCGAAUACACUCAGGAGAGAAGCCAUACCAUUGCGGCCAGUGUGGAAAUAGUUUUAGCCAGUUAGGAAACAUGAAAAGACAUAGGAGGAUACACACAGGGGAGAAGCCAUACCACUGCUCCCAUUGCGGAAAGAGUUUUAACCAUUUACUUAACAUGAAAAGACAUGAGAGGAUACACACAGGAGUGAAGCCUCACCAUUGCUCCCAGUGUGGAAAGAGUUUUAUGCAGUUAGGUAUCCUCAAAGACCAUUUGCGAAUACACACAGGGGAGAAGCCUUACUACUGCUCCCAUUGUGGAAAGAGUUUUAACCAUUUAGUUAACAUGAAAAGACAUGAGAGGAUUCACACAGGAGUGAAGCCUCACCAUUGCUCCCAGUGUGGAAAGAGUUUUAUGCAGUUAGGUAUCCUCAAAGAUCAUUUGCGAAUACACACAGGGGAGAAGCCUUUCCUUUGUGCCCAGUGUGGAAAGAGUUUUAGCCAGUCAGGAAACCUGAAAGUGCAUGAGCGAAUUCACACAGGGAAGAAAUCUUACCACUGAUCCCAGCGUGCAAUGCGUUUUUACCCAAUUAGGACACCUGAAAGAAGACAUGAGACCGCACACGGGGGAGAAGCUUUACAAAUGUUCAGACUGGGGGGAAGGCAUUUUACUCAUCAGAAUCCACACAGGAGAGAAUGUUUACUUGUUUAUAUAUAAAUAUUUCUGGAUUUGUUUUCCUCAUUUUGUCUGUGAUAGUUGUAGUGUACCUAUGAUGAAAAUUACAGGCCUCUCUCAUCUUUUUAAGUGAAUUUGCACAAUUGGUGGCUGACUAAAUACUUUUUUGCCCCACUAAGUGUAUGUAAACUUCCAACUUCAAAUGUAUAUUAUUUGAAAUGCUAAUCCUUUGCACACGAAUGCUCACUCAUUCAGGAAUAAUUGCAGUCAAUAUAUAUUUACGCCGUUGUGAUCUGUUGGAAUCCGGUCCGUCUGCUGGAGAGUUCAUCUGAGUCUCUCUCCUUCUGUUUCCCUGAAGUUCAAAGUCUUUCUUGGUUAGAAUGGAUACCUCAGAUUACCAUUCAGAAAUGUUCUCAUAGAAUAGAUGUUUCGGCGGUUGUCGUCAUUCGCAUCCCAAGUUUACAUCAUUUCUAGCUGCCCCCACAGACCUACCAAUGCUCUUACUCUGUUGGGAUUGAUAGUCUCAGAGUUGAACCAUUUCCAGCCGUGUAGCCAAUGCUCCACGUGGGAUGGUUUUCUAGUCUUGGAACUCAAAUGUGCCACCUCAGCUUACAUCAAGGUAUGCGUUGUCUAAACUAUUCGCAAUCACAGCUCAUGCUGUGAUUGGUUUGCUCAGUCUGAAGAGGAUUUUUUUUAGGAGGGGCUUUUAUUCGUAACAAUAGGAUAGGCGGUUCCAUGACACCAGAUCAUGUCUGUGCCCUCGGGGACGGACCAAUGACUUAGUUAAACCAAUAGGAUAGGCGGUUCCAUGACACCAGAUCAUGUCUGUGCCCUCGGGGACGGACCAAUGACUUAGUUAAACCAAU